CAGAGUGAUGAAUGGGUGUGUUGAUCUUGUGACUGUCUCAUGAACAAUAAAUAUAACGUUUGUUUUGAAGAACGCUUCAUUUAUUUCAAGAUGACUGAGAUCGUUAGCGGAGUUUUGAAGCUGACGUUUCGAUUUUUAGCGAACAAGGCUCGCAGUAAAAUCUCAGAACGUUUAAACGAUGGCGACGUCACGAACGAAGAAUGUCGACGCUUAAUCGUGGGAGAAAUCGAUGAUAUUAAGAGGAAAGUGGAUGGAUUGGCGAGAAAGGAUUUACUGAGCAGUCUUAGUUUUCUUCAAGAAGGGAUCAAUGGUCUUUAUCAGUUGCUACAAAAAUUUAAGGAAUCCGAGAAUGGAUCAGAAUCAACCGAACAAGCAACCUCAGCUGGAGCUACGUCUUCUCAGGAAACUGUUUCUGUUUCUCAAAUCAACGAAGUUGUGUCUUUAGUAAACGCCUUCAAUUCAUUGAAAAUACAUUCCAAAGAACGCUUUAAGUCUGCCAAGAAAUCGUUUCAACUCGCUCGUGAAAAAGCCACCGAAGCAUUCAGCAACGAAGCUUUGUCCAUCGAAGACCGAAUUCAAGCGACGCAGGUUCGAAUGAUGGCCAGAAUUUUUGAAAAUUCAGAAGAUCCUGACGCGGGGGUAAGCGAUUGCCUGCACUACCUGGAGGAGCUUCAUGGUAUCAAAGCUAUUCAAGAAAUGUUCUCUGUUGCGAUUGACGGCGGAAUUAAAUCUCGGUUUAAUAAAACAAAGCGACUAAACAAUGCUUCGUCUGUUGACGAAAUGAAUCUGCGUUUGUUUGAUUUUGCCAGAGAGUUCACGAACUUGCGAACAGUGUUUUUUAAUUGGCCCAUGAUUUUGUCUGGGAAGAAAACUCUGCAUCCAUUAGUGAGAAGUGCUAGCCUUCUUAUAAAAUACGAAAAGUCUAGCGUAAAUGUUACGUUGCUGGAUCAAGAUUUCCUAUUUCCCGAUUUUGUUGAUGAAACAUGCUGUGUUGUAAAUAGCAAAAGGGAAAUCCUUGCGAGAGUGGAGGAUGAUUCUAUUCAAAUUUUGAAUCCCUCAGGAGAAUCCCGUACAAUAUUUGAUCCUUCCAAACAAGAGGAUUUGCCAUAUUCCGAGGUUGUUGCGAUGGAUAUCGAUGCCGAAGAUAACCUUUACGUCAUCACGGCAUUUCGAGAAAGCGAUGAUCAACCAUGGAAUUUCGAGUUGUUAAUAUUUGAUGAGCAUGGAGACAAAAAACUUGAGUCUCUGUUGCCUUUUCAACACGGCUCGGCACAUGAUGUGCGCGUUGCAGUAAACAAUGACAAAAAGAUCGCCGUUGUAGAACCAGGGAAACAAAUUCUGCACGUCGGAACUUCAUGUAAAACGGAUUCGUUUAUAGUCGAUAAUAGUUUUCAUCUCAAAGAAUUAUUUGACAGAGUGCGUGCGAUACGGUUUCUAGAUAAUAAUGGAACCAAAAUCAUUGUCGCAUAUUGGCAUUGUUUUUAUAUCUACACGGAGAACGGCGAGUUGGAACGCAAAGUUAUGAUGCCCGAGGAAUACGAAGGUCUUGAUUCUGUUGCGAUAAAUUACGUCACAAAACAGAUUCUGGUUAAAACUGGCUGGGAAAAUAUUCAUCUCUGUAGUUUCUCAGACACAGGAGAACUAAAAGACAAUGUAUGUCUCGAGUCCAAGGUGGAAUAUACUGAAUUGGGCAAUGCUAAGAUUAUUUCUAAUCCGCAUGGUGCAGUUGCUUUGGUUAAGCUAUGGCGAGUACUUUUUCUUCAAUUUUCGUGACUUCAGAAUUGUGGCUAUAGACUAGGAACUCUGAACUUAUAACCAAUCUUAGCUAGUUGUAUAGUAUACUUCAUAACUAUCUUCAUAACCAAGUUCAUAUACUUCACAACUAUCUUCAUAACCAAGUUCAUAU